AUGAUACCCCAAAGGCAAAAGCCAGGCAGUCAGGGAAAAAGGUACUGGCAAAAAAAGAAAAGCCUUUAUGAUGAAUACCUUGCUGACUCUGGGGACAGCGAAGAAGUGGGGGCUGAUGAAGAGCAGGGUGAGACGUUCGAAUGCGAGCAGUACUGUGUGAACAUGGACGUAAACAUUCUCAUUCAGCAAACGGUGCAGAACAUUGUUCAAAGUGUUUGUCUCGAGGACCCAGAUGGAUUUGCCACCUUUGGGGAUCAUGAGCUGAUUUGUUUUGCGGCUGCGGUGAAACACAACAGCUCGAUCAUGUCUCUGCAAAUUCGCUACUUGGACGUUUCUGAUGUGUCCCUCAUUCCGCUUUGCAGGGCCCUCCAUGGGCACCCUAGUAUUCGUGCUUUAGAUCUUUCCGGGACUCGGGGUGGAGAGGGCACCAGCAAGGCGCUGCGACAGUUGGUGUGCACAAAUUCGAAGAUAAUUUUUAUGCGACUUGAAGACACCAUGGUGAACCCAAAGGAUGCAAAUGUUAUUGAGAAAGCGACACGGUACAACUCAAUGGCAUGUACGGACCCCAACAACAAUCCUUUUCACUUAGGGCUGCUAAGGCGAAUCAGUGCGAUGGAUGAGAAAGAGCACAAGUUUCACGAGCAGCUUCAUGCGCGCCCUUGGCUGCUUGGAAACGGAUCGUCCAGUCCGAAGAGAUUCAAAAAGACAGUUUUGAGCACGGCUGCAUCAUCUCAUAUUGGCGGCGAAAUCUGUGCUCAAUUCAUUCAGGGAAGGUGUCCUUACGGCUCGCGAUGCAAGUACAUUCAUCCUGAGCGUACCGUUGCUCUGAAGAACGUCGUUGCGUCCAGUCUCUACAACCGUUCAGAGCAAUAUGGAGAGGGUGACCUUGUCUCAACGGUCCUUUCAACUACAGCUGGGUCUCGGCAAAGGCUGCAGAGUCGUCUACGACCACCUGCAUUUAUGCUGAAGAAGGUGGAGCAAUGCGAGAGGCAGGAAGAGACUCAUGAGAUGUCUAUGGAGUCUCCACCUGUGGUGGAUGCUUCUUUUGCCCAACCCCUGGUUCAUUCAUGGUGGAUGAUGAGUGUCACUGUAGUGUGCUGCUGUGUGAUAAUAGUUACAGUUUUAUAA